AUGGUGGUGGGAGGGGUGAGGGAUGAAUUGAACACAGAUAAACUGACUGACAGAAGAAAUGACAUCUCACUGCAAGGCAUGAUGACUAUCACUGUGACUGUAAAAGAAGCAGGAGAAGAAGAAGAUGUGAUAAUGAAAGCAGUGCUCUCAUGGCUCAUUGAUGCUGUCAUCUCCACCUUUAAUCUGGCUUUCUUGACGGCCACGGAGGCCGCCACCACACCAUGA